GCGCAGUGACGGCGGGCUCCUCCCCCUUCCCGUCCUCCUCAAACAGGCGCCGGCGAGCGCGGGGAUUCGGACGCCGCCGGGAAACGCCGAGCAGCGCCCUGAGGGAGCGAGCCAGAGGCUGCCGGCCGCCCCGAGAUCGCCUUCCCGAUCAUGACGCACAAGCAGAUCUACUAUUCGGACAAAUACGACGACGAGGAGUUCGAAUACCGGCACGUCAUGCUGCCCAAGGACAUCGCCAAACUGGUCCCCAAGACCCACCUCAUGUCCGAGUCGGAGUGGCGGAACCUGGGGGUCCAGCAGAGCCAGGGCUGGGUCCAUUACAUGAUCCACGAACCAGAGCCACACAUUUUGCUCUUCCGGAGACCGCUGCCAAAGAAAAUAGAAAAAUGACACACGUCUGUCCUCUUCUAUGUUUUCGAUAGAAGCACCUUUUGGGAGAACAGCUGGUUCUUUUAUCUCCAUUUUAAAAUUCCAAGAAAUAUUUUAAGAUGCCGGUUCAGAAAACGCCACGCGACAUAACCAACACUGCAGCCGAGGAAAAAAACGGGUUUUCCCUGCAGUAUUUUACCUGGCCAAAGCAAUCUUCAAAAACUACAAUAGCUUGACUAUUUUUAAUACUUUUUUUUAUAAUGGCUGAAAACUUGGUUCGCCCAAGGGGGCCCAAAUUGUUGUGUGUUUUUUUAAAUCUCUGGUCUUGCAAAACUUCGUUCUGCUGUGUUGUUCUUAAAAUGCGCGUUCCCUUUUUAACCUUAUUUUUCAACUUCUGCUUUAAGGUUUUAAAAUGUUAUUCCGGAUACGCUUGUUCUUUGGCCUGUAUUAAUAAAGGGUCACCACGUUUAGGAUCAGUUCUGUCCUUGUCUAACCCAAAUCAGUCACAGCUUUCUGUGCUGUUUAAACAACUCAUGCUUGUAACUCCGACACUGGAAUAAGAUGGCGGAAAGGGGGAAUCCUGUCAAAGAUAACUGAAAAUUAUGAGAAAAUAAUAAAACUGUUGAUGUAACUACACUGAGUUCGAAUAACAAGUUGAGUCGCACUGGUACAAAGGUUUAAAGUCCAUUCUGGACUUUAAACUUUGACUAAGUUGAUAUCUAUCAAUCAAUAAAUAAACAUAGACAAUAUUUAGUCUUUUGCUUCAAUGGACAAAUCCAGCAACUUUGUGUAGUUACUUCCAUGUUGUAACCCCGAUUUAUAGUCAGUACAUAACCUAAUGUACUAUUCAAGAAACAUUCAAAAAAAAUUGCAAAGUUUCUGUUAGCUCGUGUUUACGCUGGCACCCAUUUUCCUAAAAUAUUAUUUUAACUGCAGUUUAAUUGCCUUGUGUGUUUAUUACCUUGCCUGGGGAUAGGGAUGGUUUUAAAAAGCUGGGUGUGAACGGCUAAAAACAUCCUGAUUAAUAGUUGAGUUUUCUUUGACCAACCAGAAGAGAUUUCCCGAGUUGAUCCAAAUAAAGAUUGUUUAUAUGAG